AACGCACAGGCCGGAAGAUGUGCUUUAUUAUUUUCGGAGUAACCACGUUAUACUGAAUUUCAUAUUAAGGCCGGUAUCCUGAGUACAUAAUCUGACUGAGUAACGGAGGAUGGAGAGGGACAGGAUUUGCAGGACAGAGAGGAUAUUAAAUCUUACCCUGGAGAUCAUCUACCUGCUGACUGGGGAGGAUUGUAUUGUUUUGCAAAAAUCUGGUCAGAGCAUUACACCCAGCAGCGAUCCCCGAGGACUGAACAGAACCCAGAGCCCCAUCACGGUGUCUCCACCUCACUCACUGACACAUGGGAGAGACCAUGAUCAGAAGAUUCUGGAACUCACCAACAAGAUCAUUCAGCUGCUGACUGGAGAGGUGACUGCUGGGAAUGGGACAUUCUACACUAACACCAGGGAGGAGUUGGAGUAUCUAGAAGGACCCAAGGGCCUGUAUAAAGAUAUAACAGUGAAGAAUGACCAGAUCUACAUAUCGCUGGAUUUAUCGGAGACCUUCAAUAAACCUGUACGGUACAAUGCUCCCAGUUCCCAUAUCAGGGAGGAACCAGUCUCAUGUGGUGGAGCAAAUCUCAAAUGCUCUGACAUGUAUACACCCACAGGUCAUACACAGUAUACAUCUACUUAUAGUAUGGAGGAACUGGUCUCAUGUGAUGGAGGUGACCACCCAAACACUGACAUGUAUACACCCACAGGUCAUACACAGUAUACAUCUACUCACAUUAAGGAGGAACCAGUCUCAUUUGAUGAAGGGGACCUCACACACACUGACAUGUAUACACCCACAUAUCAUACACCGUAUACAGCUACUCAUAUUAAGAAGGAACCAGUCUCAUGUGAUGGAGGAGACAUCACAGACACUGAUAAUUAUACACCCACAGGUCAUACACAACAUAUAUCUCAUAUUAAGGAGGAACCAGUCUCAUGUGAUGGAGGAGACCUCACACACCCUGACAGUUAUAGACCCACAGAUCAUCCACAGUAUACAUCUACUCACAGUAAGGAGGAUCUGGUCUCAUGUGAUGGAGGAGACCUCACACACACUGACUUGUAUACACCCACAGAUCAUUCACAACAUACAUCUCAUAUUAAGGAGGAAUGUGUCUUAUAUGAGGAAGAGAAACUUGCAGUUCAUCCAAAAUACAGAGAGAAUCUCAACACAAGCUCAACUUGUGUCAGUCAGCAGAUAAUUCACACAGAAGUGACACCAUUUUAUUCAUCGGGAAGUGGUGGGAAUUUUGGACAGUUUGAGGAUCGUGAUGAGAAUUCUCAAUGUAAUAUACGCAAGAGGUCAUUUUCAUGCUCUGAAUGUUGUAAAUUUUUCACAAAGAAAAUGGACCUUGUACGACAUCUGACCGUACACACAGGAGUAAAACAUUAUUUCUGUCCUGAAUGUGGAAAACAUUUUAGACAAAAGAAAGCUCUGGAACGACAUUCACAAACCCACAGGCAAGAGAAGCCAUUUUGUUGCACCGAAUGUGGCAAAUGUUUUAACAACAAAGCGUACCUUACCAUUCAUCUGAGAAGCCACACGGGAGAGAAGCCAUAUUUCUGUCCCGAAUGUGGAAAACGUUUUAGUCAAAGAUGCCGUCUUAAUGAGCAUUUGAACAGCCACACAGGGGAGCGACCAUUUCCGUGCUCUGUGUGUGGUAAAGGUUUUACACGGAAAUCUAACCUUGUUCAACACCAUAAAAUUCACACAGGAGAGAAGCCUUAUCAUUGCUCUGAGUGCGGGAGACGUUUCAGGCAUAGCACUGCUCUGAAGCGCCAUUUAAUGUCUCACACGGGUGAAAAGCCAUUUUCUUUUUCUUAUAUAGCGCAGCAAAUUCCAUUGCACUUUACAAUUGGAAAGCUUACAAUCUAUACAGAAAUAGCUGUUAUUUACUGCAUAAUGGUCCACCAGAUUGCAAAGGUUCUUGGUGGACUGUACGAUAUGGUCACACAGCAAAGUUGGUCUGAUGUCAGGACAAUGGGAAAACUUGGAGAUGGUCCAACGGCUGAGCUGAGAUUGUAUUCUAGUAGAUCGUCUGAUUCUAAACAAACCCAUUCUCAGUGUGAUGACACUCCUAGUGGCAUAAUAAAGACGUCGGAGACAAAUACUCUGGCACCUCACCAGAUGUCCUCUAGUUUGGAAAAACAAGCACGAAUCAAGUUGUACCCAAUGGAGGACUCCGCUGUCUCAGUAGUGGUGGAAGAGGACGUGGGUCAGGUUUCGGGAAGUAUCCUUAGACUGACUUUGGAGAUCAUCCACACAGUCACUGGAGGGGACUAUGUUAUUGUGAAGAAAUCGGGUGAUGAAAAUAUCUCAGCAGGAUUGAGCAGGACCCAGAGCCCCAUCACGGUGCCUCCACCUCACUCACUGAUACAUAAGAGACACCAUGAUGAAAAGAUCCUGGAACUCACCAACAAGAUCAUUCAGCUGCUGACUGGAGAGGUGGCUGUUGAUUUUUCUGAUGAGUGGAAACAUCUAGAUGGACAUGAUCAUCGCGAAAGUUCUCGAUGCCUUAAAUUACUGGGUUCCGGUAAGAGAAAUGCUUGCGGUAUCAAGCAAGAGCAGGAAGUUGACUACAAAAAGAGCCUAAACAGUUUUGUAAGAAAGGCCAAAGAUGUGGCAGUACAAACCCACUCUGAGUUUAAAGUGGAGUCCACAUCCGUUGAAAACAGGAUUCUCCCAGACACUUGUACCCCCGUUGAGCAGUCGCAGUACAUAACUACCCGUAUCAAAGAGGAACUGGUGUCCGAUGAGGAAGGAAACCUCACAGACACCUCCACGCCGACCGAUAACGCACAGAUAGAUUACAUUAUCACUUACAUUAAAGAAGAGGAUGAGUCAUGCGACGAGGAAAGCCUAACCGAUACCGACGUGUACACCCCUAGGGAGUAUGCCUCCAUCUGCAAGAGAGCAGGGGAGAAGAACAUGACUGUGAUGUACACCGGAACAGACAAGGCAGCCAGCAAGUCAGCUUCUACCUCUCACUGCCAGUUCCUAGAGGACACCAAACUGAUGCACAGCUUCGCCAAAUGCGAGAAGUGCUUCACCUGUAAUAAACACCAGAGGAUCCAAAUCAGGGAGAAGCCCUUUGCCUGCUCCACCUGUGGGAAGUUCUUCACCACCAACUCCAACCUCGUGACCCACCAGAGAAUUCACACCGGCGAGAAACCGUUCUCUUGCUCGGAGUGUGGAAAGUGCUUCACCAGCAGCUCGGACCUGGUCAAGCACAAGAUCAUUCACACCGGAGAGAAGCCGUUCCCUUGUUCCCUGUGUGGGAAAUGUUUUACCAACAAGUCCAAUCUUAUCAAACACCAGAGGAUCCACACGGGGGAGAGGCCAUAUUCCUGUCCGGAGUGCGGGAAGAGGUUCACCAGCACGUCCCACCUGGUCACGCACCGUAGAACUCACACAGGGGAGAAGCCCUAUCCUUGCCCUGUCUGCAGUAAGUUUUUUAGUAGUAAGUCUCACUUAGUCGAGCAUCAGAGGAUUCACACGGGAGAGAAGCCAUUUACUUGCAAGGAAUGUGGAAAGUGUUUUACGCAAAAGAGUAACCUGAAUAAUCAUUUUAGGAUUCACUCCAGAGAAAAAAAUGUUACUUAUCACUAGAUGCAGGGAUGUCUCCUUGAUGCAUGGAUAACCAAUGGCAAUCUUCACGAGUCCAGCUGUACAAUGUAGGCAUGGGAGCACGCUAGUAGAUCACACAUUUUUAUUCUUUCUUGCCUACCUCUGUUGCUCAAAUGUUUGGCAUUCAAAAUGGCUGCUUCAUCAAUGACUUGGAUAUCCAGAAAAUUUGCACCCUGGCACCUGAAGUUGAUUUCCAACUAGCUGGUUUGACAUUUACCCUCGAAUUUGAGCAGCCUAGAGUUGAGCGCCGCUUGGGUGGCUUGACCAUGACUCUUGAACAUCGGCGGCCAAGAGUUGAGUGCCAACUGGGUGGCUUGACAUUGACUCUCGAACUUGGGUGGCCUAGAGUUGAGUGCUGACCCUGUGGACUGAAUGGAGUAUUUGACUUGAGCCACUUGAAGUUGAGUGGCCCAAAAUUACCUCUGACUCAUUGAACCUGGGAGCUGUGCAGCCUUAAUAUAAGUUAAGGGUCUUAAGCUAUUUUAUAUAAUAUUUUAUUCAUUUUUCUGAGUUUUUAAUGAAGUCAGUAUAACUUUACACUAUAAGGGGAUAAAGGAAAACUGGCUCCUAUUAUAUUUAUUAAGGCUAUAGGGACACUAAAAAUUGUGAAGAGACUAUGUAACGAGAAAUCAGAUUUUCUUAAACUGUAAAUUGUAUAUAGCGGUCACUGUACAAUGCAAACAUACAGCAAAUGAUAUAAGCUGAACAUUCAAAUUUAGCUCAUAAACUGGUCUGUAGAAUCUAAAGUUCUGCAUUUUUUUCUAUGUUGUGUAAAACCUAUUGAAAUACCCACCAAAA